UUCCGACAUACCAUUCAAACUAGCGUGCGACUACGUGACUGUCAGACGCUGUCCACGUCACCAAAAAAGUUACUUUCCAAAAUGCUUUGCUAUCACGUGCUAAUAUUUUUUUUUGUUACUCUUGCAAUAUCUAAAAGUGACGAUCUGCCAGAUUUUUACACGUUUACCGUUCAGGAUAUAGAAGGCGAAGAAGUGUCAUUGGAAGAAUACCGAGGAAAGGUUUCUUUAGUAGUCAAUGUUGCUAGUUUAUGUGGGUACACUGACAGUAGUUACAGAGGGUUGAAAAGACUACAAGAUAUUCUUGGAUAUAGCCAAAAGUUCAAUGUCCUGGCUUUCCCUUGUAAUCAGUUUGGAGAACAGGAACCAUAUGAAGAUGAAGUUAUUUUGAAUUUUGCCAAAACUAACUAUGAUGUUGAGUUUCCCAUUUUCUCCAAAGUUGAUGUAAUAGGUGAAAAUGCCCAUCCAGCAUUCAAAAAUCUCAUAAAUCAGUCAUCUGUUCACCCUGAUUGGAACUUUUACAAAUAUUUAGUCGAUCAUAAUGGAAGAGUGUUAAAGGCAUGGAGUACUAAAACAACCGUUGAAGAAAUUUUUGACAGUUGUAAGGCAGCUCUUGAUUCUAUUCCCGAAGCAUCUGCCGCAACAGAUGCAGGUGAUGCUUCCGAUCUGCCGUCGUCACCGGCCGAUGUUGUCUCUAAAGAUGAACUGUAAUAUAAUUUUCAGUUCAUUUGUUUAAACUAUUGGUGCAAUACAUGUACACAUUGAAUUGAUGAUUUGUGAAACUGUA